AUGAUACUGAAGGGAUACGAAGAGGCAGAGAGUAAUAGCCACACCGAGGAAGAGUUCUGCUUGCAACAUAUUAACCUUAAGAGUUUUAACAGUCAACUUACACAGAGUCAAAGGACAAAGUUGAAAAUGUUUGACAAUGCUCAGAUUGACAAUGUUGGUUUUGAAAGUGAAGACAUAAAAAUAUUUUCCAAACUGAAAUGUGUCAAAGAGCUAGACCUCGUAUGGAGCAAGUCGAGUCUACAAAAUGGUUCACCUUUUGACUUUGAGCACCUUAGUCAUCUCGAAUACCUCAUCAAUCUCAAAUUAAGAGAACUUCCUUUCUCUGACGUUGGUAAUCUACAACUGCGCAAUCUGCAACAGUUAGCUGUCGGAUUCAGGACACCAGAACGCGCACCACAGUUGAUGGCAGCAUUACUACAAGAAGGUUGUGAUUCACUCACAACAGUUCCGAAUUGGCAACACUUUAUCCUAAGGAACCUUUGGCUGGAGAACGUUCGUAUGCCAGCAGAAGUGUACAGGCGUCUCGUUAGUGUUGUAGUACUGUCGGGACAUUCUGUAUUCUUUAUGUUAGAGAGAUGCACGAUAGAGUUCGACAUAACGCAAGUGCAGAAGGAGAUGGGAAACCAGCCCGCACUCCAGGUGAUUGCUCCACAGGCCGUCUCACCUGACUAUACAACAAGCAUUAGUUUACAUAAUAUGACAAUGCCAGCAGAAGAGUUCUUGUAUCUCGUUAGUGUGGUGAUACAGUCGGGACAUUAUGGAGACUUUACGUUAAUAAACUGUACAAUAGAGUGCGACAUAGAGCAAGUGCAGGAGGAGAUGGGAAACCAGCCAGCGCUCCAGGUGAUUGCUCCACAGGCCGUCUCAUCUGAUUAUACGCAAAAGAUUGGAAUACUGUGUAUGAAAGUGUCAGCAGAAGUAUUCAGGCGUCUCUUACUUAUGGUGAUACAGUCGCGACAUAUUGUGGAAUGCCAGUUAAAGAGCUGUAAAAUAAACCCGGACGAGGAGGUGAGUCAGCUGCAGGAGGAAAUGGGGAACCAGCCCGCCAUCCACGUGAUUGAGUUCAGCAGGGAUGAAUUUGGCUGGAACAUUACGUUAAUAAACCACGUUUAAAGGUCAUCAGUUUGCGCCGAGAACGUGUUUUGAUACGAAUAUGCAUAUCUAUCUGGACAAUAAAGCGAUAUUCAGAUCAUCUGAAAGUGGUUCAGUGAACAAUAUAUGUUUGUGUGAGUGGUUAAUUGGCAUUAGAGAACAAUAGAUGUUUGUGUCAGCGGUUAACUGGCAUCAGUGAACAAUUGAUGUUUGUGUCAGCGGUUAACUGGCAUCAGUGAACAAUAGAUGUUUGUAUCAGCGGUUAACUGGCAUCAGUAAACAAUAGAAGUUUGUGUCAGCGGUUAACUGGCAUCAGUGAAAAAUAAAUGUUUGUGUCAGCGGUUAAUUGGCAUCCGUGAACAAUUGAUGUUUGUGUCAGCGGUUAACUGGCAUCAGUGAACAAUAAAUGUUUGUGUCAGUAGUAAACUGACAUCAGUGAACAAUAGAUGUUUGUGUCAGCGGUUAACUGACAUCAGUGAACAAUUGAUGUUUGUGUCAGCGGUUAACUGACAUCAGUGAACAAUUGAUGUUUGUGUCAGCGGUUAACUGGAAUUAGUGAACAAUAGAUGUUUGUGUCAGCGGUUAACUGACAUCAGUGAACAAUUGAUGUUUGUGUCAGCGGUUAACUGACAUCAGUGAACAACAGAUGUUUGUGUCAGCGGUUAACUGGAAUUAGUGAACAAUAGAUGUUUGUGUCAGCGGUUAACUGACAUCAGUGAACAAUUGAUGUUUGUGUCAGCGGUUAACUGACAUCAGUGAACAACAGAUGUUUGUGUCAGCGGUUAACUGGAAUUAGUGAACAAUUGAUGUUUGUGUCAGCGAAUACUGACAUCAGUGAACAAUUGAUGUUUGUAUCAGCGGUUAACUGGAAUUAGUGAACAAUAGAUGUUCAAAUUAUCUAAACGUUAUCAUUUCGGAAAGAACACAGUUGUAUUUAGCUUGUUAUUGAACGUUUGUUAAUAAUUAACAAAAUGGAUAUCCUAAUGUUUGCAGUAGUUGUUCCUUUUCGCUUAUAUAAUUUGUAUUUGUCGUUUAUUUACGGUGCAUUAUAUAAAUAACGAAUAUUUAACGAAACAUUUAAAAAGCUUCGCUUAAUUUCAGGGAAAUGACACUGCUUGGCUCAAUGAUACAUACACAAGUUGUUAAUAGUGUGACCGUUGCGAAUGGCCUUAUGAAUGUUUUUAAAUAUCGCGCAUGUUGUAAUUUCCGCAUAGACCGGGAUUAUCGUUGAUGUUACAAAGUUUAUCGAUGUUAUGAAUGACGCGUAUGCUGUAUGUAGGCAUUGUCGUGGAUUAUCGUGGAUGUUAAGUAGUUUAUCUAUUUUAUGAAUAACGCGUAUGCUGUUUGUUGGCAUUAACGGGGAUACACGUGAAUGAUUAGUAGUUUAUCUAUAUUAUGAAUGACGCGUAUGUGGUUUGUUGGCAUUGUCGUGGAUACUCGUGGAAGUUUAGUUGUUUAUCUAUGUUAUGAAUGACGCGUAUGUUGUUUGUUGGCAUUGUCGUGGAUACUCGUGGAAGUUUAGUUGUUUAUCUAUGUUAUGAAGAACGCAUAUGUUGUUUUUUGGCAUUGUCGUGGAUACUCGUGGAAGUUUAGUUGUUUAUCAAUGUUAUGAAUGGCGCGUAUGUUGUUUGUUGGCAUUGUCGUGGAUACUCGUGGAAGUUUAGUUGUUUAUCAAUGUUAUGAAUGGCGCGUAUGUUGUUUGUUGGCAUUGUCGUGGAUACUCGUGGAUCGUUAGUUGUUUAUCUAUGUUAUGAAUGGCGCGUAUGCUGUAUGCCGGCAUGGUCGUGGAAUAUCGUGGAGGUUUAGUAGUUUAUCUAUGUUAUGAAUGGCGCGUAUGCUGUAUGUAGGUAUUGUCGUGGAUGUUUAGUAGUUUAUCUAUGUUAUGAAUGGCGCGUAUGCUGUAUGUAGGUAUUGUCGUGGAUGUUUAGUAGUUUAUCUAUGUUAUGAAUGGCGCAUAUGCUGUAUGUAGGUAUUGUCGUGGAUGUUUAGUAGUUUAUCUAUGUUAUGAAUGGCGCGUAUGCUGUAUGUAGGUAUUGUCGUGGAUGUUUAGUAGUUUAUCUAUGUUAUGAAUGGCGCGUAUGCUGUAUGUAGGUAUUGUCGUGGAUGUUUAGUAGUUUAUCUAUGUUAUGAAUGGCGCGUAUGCUGUAUGUAGGUAUUGUCGUGGAUGUUUAGUAGUUUAUCUAUGUUAUGAAUGGCGCGUAUGCUGUAUGUAGGUAUUGUCGUGGAUGUUUAGUAGUUUAUCUAUAUUAUGAAUGGCGCGUAUGCUGUAUGUAGGUAUUGUCGUGGAUGUUUAGUAGUUUAUCUAUGUUAUGAAUGGCGCGUAUGCUGUAUGUAGGCAUUGUCGUGGAUUAUCGUGGAUGUUUAGUAGUUUAUCUAUAUUAUGAAUAACGCGUAUGUUGUAUGUAGGCAUUGUCGUGGAUUAUCGUGGAUGUUUAGUAGUUUAUCUAUAUUAUGAAUAACGCGUAUGCUGUUUGUUGGCAUGGUCGUGGAUGUUUAGUCGUGUAUUUAUCUUGUAAAUGACGCGUAUGUUGUUCGCUUUUUCAUUUGGUCAUGAUCAAUGGGAUAUUGCAACCAUCUGCCUUUUGGAUAUUGCAACCAUUUGAUAUAUAUUUCCCGAAAAACAUUAAUUUAUCGUAGAUGUGCGAUUAGUACAAUUGUUGUAAAUGAUCUACAUUUCGCUAGUUUUCUUUUGUCAUGUUGAAGUUAUGAUAUUUAUCUAUGUUUCAAGUGGCGAACAUGUCGCUUAAAAGUGUUUUAAAACUGAACGGAUAACUUAUUAACAGAGAGUAUUUUUCAUAAAAACAGAAGUAAAUUAAUAUACUAAGUAUUCAGUUUGUCGUCUGCCUGCUAAUGCUGUGUUAUUUAAUAAUGUCAUUGGAAUGGGAUGAUCUGUCAUCAUCUUAUUUGUAAAACGUACUGUAUACCGGGGAUUUUGCAUCUUGUGAAUUACGCGAAUGAAGAGUAACUUUAUUUUUCAGUAUGAUGUAAUCGAUACAAGAUUAUUUCUGAAUGCUAUUUAUAGUUCACUCAAAUAUGUAUAUGUACACGGUUAUGGCUUAUAGUUUGUGACGUAAAGAUGCAUGUUUAAUUGUGUUCGGUAUUUUAUCUUUCGUUCCAGUACUAUACAUUGUAUAUAAUAUUUGAUUAUUUUGCAGAUAACAUGUAUUCUAUUAGGAUAUUUUUUAUUGGUUUCAAUUUGAUUAUUUAAGGUGUUUCAUUUUGUUUCGUUUUAAAUAAACAUAUUUAUUGUUAUUAAAUUGGCUUACAUAUCUUUUAUUUACCUUGAUAAUGCAUGUAUUUGCCUUGAUAAUGCAAGUAGUUUCCUGUAUAGUCGAAAUCGGUUAUGUCGAAGUCGACGGGAUCCCGGCAAAUACAAGCAUUCGACAAAACCGAAAUUCGGACACAUGUAGCACCGAACCAAAAAAAUAGUCCAAAAUCUGUUUUCGCUGAUAUUUACAGGAAAUCGAGAUACCAGAGUUCGACAUAGCAAAUUUCGACUGUAUUUUCCUAAUGCCCCUAUUUUCCUUAUGUUUGCAUGUACUUUAAUCAUUGAUGAGGAAUGUCUUGGUCUUUGCGUUUUUUGUUAUUCACUUCUAUAAAAUUAUAAUUAGGCUCAUUUUUGAAAAAGGGUCUAAUUUUGAUAGUUAUAUAAAUGUAUUGCUUUUAUUUUCAAACGCGCGACAUUAUGGUAAAAUAUAUUUGUUAAAAAUGAGGAUUUACCAUAAUAACAAACUAUUUCAAAACAUCAAAAUUGAUAAUGUUAUGCAUAUAUUAAUGGAUUUAACUUUCUAGAAUAAAGACAAAAAGGAUGCGUCCAUAUUUUUCAAUAAAUCAGUUACCACACUUAUAAUGAUCAUGUGCAAAUAUAACCGCUUUAAGGUAGCACACCCGUAAUUUAAACCUCCAAUAGGAACUCUUCAAUUUUAAUGCUUUAGCCUAUGUUGUUAAACACAGGACUACAAAUCUCAGGGUUUCAAGGUACAGGUUAGAAUCCACCCAGAAACACACAUUUUAUUCAUCUUUGUUUACAUUUGCUUACAUUUUUACAGAAGUUUAUGUUGUUUUCUUUAUUAAAAAGUAAUUAAAAAACAUUUCUACACAUAAAUAUUUGCUUUUUUGAAGACUUCAUUACUUUCCGACCCGGCUGAAUUAGGUGGUUGGGAAUUUCAAACUCUAUUUUGUUUAAAUUAGACUGUAAAACAUUUAGAUUUUUUGGCAAAAUGUUCCUAAAAGGUUAGAGCGUAUUACUAAUAAAGAACAGGUCAUGAAUAUUUCUAGAACGUGUUGAUUUUGCUUAAAGCAUAUAUGUUCCGAUUGUUACGCGGUCAGAACAGUAUGUUAAAAUUGUCAUACCAUGUGGCUAUUUUAGUACAGUUUGAUUAGUUAUCUUGAUGUUGUGAUCAAUAAUGUAUCAUUUCUGAAAGCAAAUUUAUUACUUGUUACACUGAUAUCAAGAUGUUGAAAAAGAAAUGUAUUUUUUUGUUUCUCGGGUGAUGUUUUUCUAAAACAAAAUACAUGGGGGGGGGUAAUUCAAGUUUAGGAUAAAUUGUUAUUUGACGGUAAAAAUUAUUUUAAAUUUUGUUUUUGAAUCCAAGAAAUGAUACACAUUUAGAAAUUAUCAAGCUGAUCAUAGUUUGAAAUGAGGGUCGUACUACCUUAAGGGGUUUUGUGUUGAUUGAGGAAAUGUAAAUUGAUUAACCAAAACACAAUGUAAGUUGUUUACAAAUCUUCGUUAUAACCAUUUGGUUACCCGUUUUUGGUAAUUUACUACUCGCCAAACACCUUAAGGUAUCUAGGUUUUUUAAAUUGUGUUCUCUUCUCAAAUACUAUGGGGUCACCAGGAUCAAAUAAUAAGAAAAUACUUAAGUCAAAUCUCAAUCGUAACUGAAUUUAAGACAUAAAAGCAUUGUAUGAUUCAAAAUCUUGCUUUUUUAAUACUUUUUGAACUCGUGUUUUUUCAUAGAAUGCAUUGGUAAAAGGAUUUUGUAUUUUUUUAAAGAAAUCUCUUAAGCAAAAGAUAUACUUGAAGGAUUGGUAAAAACAAUUAAGUUUUCUCAAAUUCAUUAUUGGCUGUAGAAUACUCUUCCCUUGAAAUCUUGUCCAAAGGCGUAAUCAACAUAUUCAAUGAAAAAAUGCACUUUUAAAAGGUGUAAAAACAUAAAUGAUUUUUAAAAAUGUUUGAUAAUGUAUGACGCUAUGUGAUCAAAUGAGUUGAGACUGUGAUUGAGAUUUGACUUAAGUAUUUUCGUUAUUUUUGGGCCUGACAUUCACAUCAUUGUACAGAGGAUAUUUUUAGGUAAAGACAAUAAUUGAAAUGAUAAGUUGGUUCUUAAUGACCUGCAUUUUACAUUACAACUUUAAAUACUGUAAAACUUGGACAUGUAUUCGUUUUAGAACUAUUUUAUAUAACGGAUAUAUUUUGAAAUUAACAUUUAGAACUCAAUACUUGAUUUAUAUUAUAUACUAGAAUACAUAUGUAAAUUAUAUAAACAGGACAUACGUUUCCGAAAGAAGAAAACGAUUAUAAUUAUAGUUUAUGCGAUAUAUUUUUUGUUGUUUUGAAUGUAUGUCAAUGAGGUGAGGGCAUGCAAUAUAUUAUUGAAUACUUAA